AUGUAUAUAAGAAGACAAUUUUCGACCUUAUGCAUUCAACUAAUUUCUACUGAAUUCCAUAGAUCAUGCCGAGCUGUGGUGGUUCAGACUGCAAAUGCUGUGAUGGUUGCAAAUCAGGGAAAGGUUGUGAUUGUCCAGCUGGCUCUUGUAAGUGUUCUGGCUGCACUUGUGGAUGUUCAUGUUGCAGUUGCAAAUGAAUGA